AUGUCCGUGGACAGCCACUCUUCAAACCAGUCGCCAUCAGAUGACGUUAUAUCAGACGGAGGGUCAACCAGGGGUACCAAGCCCCUUCAGAAUGUGUUUCGGGUCUCUGUUAUAGGCAAGAAGCAGAUAUCAGGCUAUCAUCCGCGCCGGAGUCACAAAAAAUCUCGUGGGGGCUGCGUGAUCUAAGUGGAGGUUUCGCAAAGUGGAAAUUUGAGCAAUGACUCGCCAACGCUUCACGACCCGACGGGUGCCUUCUUUUCUCUCUCCCUCGAUAAUGUGACGCGAAAGAUCGAAGACGUUCUUGCAUUUGAUGUCAAGUGUAAUCCAACUCUGUUACAAAGCAAGGGCGUGGUUCACCCGAUGAGCACUGUGGCUUUCCAUCAUUUUAUCCAGCGCUCAUCAGAGACCAUUGUUAAUCCUGGUAUCCGAGCCGUAAUGAGGACAGACGUGAUCCGUGUCGCUUUUACUAGCGACUACUUAAUGUACACCAUUUUGGGGGUUGGUAUGCUUCAUCUCAACCGGGUAUCACCGACCAGGGAACGAGCUUUUGCAGAAUCAUAUUUCUGGCAAUACGCUAUCAAGCUCUACCAAGCAGCAUUGUGCUCAACAGUAAGCAGGCAGAAUGUCGAUGCUCUGCUAUCUAGCUGCAUGCUGAUGGGCGUGAUGACAAUCUGUCCCGAGAAUUUCCAAUCUACGGAUUCUUGGGUUCUUACCAACCGGCCAGAAGCUAUGAACUGGCUUUGUCUCCAGAGUGGACUCCGGACAAUCAUCAUCCUAGCGGCGCCGUUUAUCCCGGAUAGCAUCUGGGGGACUGUAUUCGGAGAUAUUGAUAAAGAAGCGCGGACGAUUUUUGACGUCGCGGAGCAGGGGCGCGAUGGGUUAGACCCGGCACUUGCAGAUCUUUGCGAGAUUGACGAUCUUACGACAGAAAUGACAAGCAUUUAUUACAGUCCUCUUCGCAUGCUUACCCCUCUGAUGAAGCUGGAAAGGAACGCAUCAAAUGCCGGUCAUUGUGCGUCUUUCAUGGGUCGCUUGGAGUGCGACUUCCUGAACCUGCUACGAAAACGAGAUCCCCCAGCACUCAUCAUACUAGCACAUUGGAUGGGACUGAUGUGCUUGCUAUCUGAGUGGCAACCGUGGAUCGAAGGAAGGAUUAGACAAGAGUGUGUUGCUAUUUCAGAUGCAUGUGGAUACCAGCUCAGUUGCACAUAA